GGCCCUUUUAGGCUGCCGUUUUCUAAACUCAUAGAAGUAAAAAUCCAAAAAAACCAAAACUAUCUAAAAAAUUCCUGUGAAUAAAAAUCCAAAAAAUGGACUAGUUGGUUGUUUUUAUCGUGAAAAAGGCAAGAAAAAGGGAUGAGAAACAUGAAUGGGUGCAGUAGAAUGUAGCCUGUGUAGAUAACAGACCAACGGGUCUUAUUGUUCCAAGGAAUCCAAUCUCUUAGAUUCAACAAUAACAAAGAUAUCUUCUUUGACACUUGGGUCCUCUAGAUUUUGCUUUGCAGCUUAACUGAUUCUCAGAAAAAGGGUAAGCCCUUUUUACCCUUCCAUCUUCUUGUUAUUGUUGAAGCAGCAAAGCCAUUUUUUCAGCUUCAUUUUUGGUGCAAAUGGGUUCCUUCUGUUGAUUGGUUUUGCAGUGCUGAGGUUGUUUUCAAAUGGGAAAUGGGAUUUUGUUAAUAUGUAGGUUCGGCCUUCUAUAGUUUGCGUCCAGUUGAAUAAACUUUAGGCUUUUGGCUGCUAUUCGGGUUGCUGUUGUUUAUAACCUAGUGUUUGAUUGUCUGAAGAUCAGAAAUUGAGGAAGCUGAUAUUUAUUUUUUCCUUUAGUUUUGUAUUGGUUGGUUUAUUAUUUCAUUGUCUUGGGCAAGUUUCUGGAAUUGAUUAUUGCUACAGAAAAAGUGGAGGAGAUUCCAUACUGGCUUGCACAUUGUUUUCUGUUUUGUGAGAAAUUAGGUUCUUGUAAGGGAGACAAAGGAGAAAGAAGAUUUCAUUCUCUUCUUGAUAUUGUGUUGAAGUGCUUAAGGCUGUUUGACUUGUGAGGCCAAGGAUUUUUUUUUUUUCGAACUCGAGUUCAUGGAAGUUGUAGCUUUAAGGUUUUGGAUGUUGGGAAUUGAAAUAAAGGUAAACUUUUGUGCUGUAGAACUUGAGUAGUUUCUGAAAUCUCUGUGGACAAGCAGAUAUGGAUUCAUGGCUUGUUGCAGCAGCAGCUGCUGCUGCUGGAUAUUUUGCUAAAUAUUGGCAAAAUCUUUCAAGGGAUAGAAAUGACUUUCCAGAGUUUUCUUCUGUGGAUUCAAGAAUUGGAAAGGUUGAAACUGCGAAGGGUUUCCGCAAAUUUUCUCGGAGAAGGAAACUCCAAGAAGAUGUUUCUUUGGAGGGAAGAGCGGAUUCAGAUUUUUAUGGACUAAUUGUUGCUUCAGCUGCAGAAGUGGAUUCUGCAAGUGGAUUUGAUGCUGAAAAGGUGGGAAGCUUGGGAAAUCACACAGAUCGCAAUGUAAUUUCUCUAUCAAAUUUGGUACCUGGGUUCUUGACCAAUGAAAACUUAAGAGAUCAAUGUGGAAAGGGGCCUGGUGUUGAUAGUGGUGGUAAUUCUGCUAAACCUUCUAGUGCUAGAGUGGACUCUUUUAAUGAACCAAUGAGGAAAAGAAGCUCUCUUAAAACUAAAUAUUCAUAUGGACAUUUACUUAAACCCCGAAGUUCCUUAGAUGGUUGCCUCAUGGCUCAACUAUAUAUGCAACACGUUAAAAUGGAAGAGUACAUACUUAGUUCCCUUCCAUCAUCAUCAUCAACACCAAUCUUGAGACGACCAUUGCUCAUAACUGAUGGAAGCCGAAUAAUCAACAAAGCAAGUGGUGAUUUUUCUAAUGAAUCAAAUGGUACUGGGGACAGUAAGCUGCAUGAUGAAUCCACUUUCGAAAAGAGUGGAUACGUGUUUGGGAUUCCUCCAUUGCCGAAAAUUGAGUCUUUGGAUCUCCCCAAGAAGUUGAAAUUUAAGAGAGGAACUGGGUGCGAUGGAAGACUGAGCAUUCCUUGCAAAAUGGAUACUGAAAAGCAGUUUCAUUCACAAUGGGGUUCACGUGAUGGAGCGGUUCUGUUUUGUCUUGGGAUUUCUAUUGGUAUAAUAUCUUCUUACAUAGGAAAUAGAAGGGAAGUGGAGAAAUUGAGAGGGUUGUUAAAGAAGACGGAGAACUUGGUUCAAGAUCUUCAAGAGGAACUUGAGAUGAAAGAUUCAUUGACAGUGAAGGAGAUAGCUUAUGAGAAUUAUGAAUCAGGGGAGACAUAUGACAAUUCCUUUCAUGGCAGAGCAACAAAUUCAUCUUCACUUGAACUGAAUAUGGAUAAUUUAACUAGAUAUGAUGGUAAAGAAUCAUAUUGUGAAAAGGUAGGGGAAAGUUCGGAGUCUAUGAGUAAAAUUGAAGCAGAGCUUGCAGCUGAACUUGAGAGGUUGGGUCUAAACAUGAAUGUAUCUAAUUUCGAGAGAAGAUUAUCUGAUCUUGUUGAGCUUGACCCAGAUUUUGUAGCAGAUUUUGCUGAAGGUGAAUUGAGAUCUGAUAUGGUCAAUUGUCAGGCUCUUGUCCAAUCUGUGUCAAAUGAAGAUAGAAGUGGCACCUUAACUACUCAUUCUGGAAAUUAUGCAGUCUCACCUCGAGAGUUGAGCUUGCGUCUACAUAAAGUUAUUGAAUCAAGGCUUGAAGAACGUAUACAGGAACUUGAAACAGCCCUCCAGAACAGCCAGAGGAAGGUGAAACUAAUGGAAUCAGAGCAUAAGAAUUCUUGGAAGAUUUCUAACAGUGAAUGCAAAUAUUCCUCCACCCUGGAGAGUCCACAAAUCAAUGAUGACUUCGAUUGCAUGUCCAAGCCUCUAGUUAUGAAACUAUCAGGGGAAGCUCUAGAUGCAUACAAUGAGGCUUGUGAAGAGUUGUUGAAGGUAGAUGAGUCAGAAGAAGAGGAUGCGCCAUCAGAUAUUUAUCAAAAUAACCAUCGAGAGGAGCUGCACAAGGGAUACAUGUCUUGGGGCUGUCAAAAUGCUAAGAAUACAUCAGAGGAGCCUUUUCAUGGUGAGGGAAGAACACGGGAAGUGCAACCUUCAAGGGUCCAGGAAUUACUUGAUGUUGGUGCAAGUGAAGAUGAAUGCAGUGAUUAUUGUGAUGAUGAGAUGGAGAAGCAACUGAUACAGCAGAUUCUGGAGAAAACCAAGAAAGGAUCUCCUGUACUGCUAAAUGCGCAGAGGAUAUUGUUUUCUAUGGAUGAAAUUUAACAUUGAGAUUAUAAUGAAAAAAAUGGGGGAACUGAAAUUUUUGCAGCGUAUACCUCUAUAUAUUUACCAUGUCUAAGUCAAAUCCGAUCCAUAAACAUCUCUAAGUAGAGUUGUAUUUUUAACCAAAGCAAUUUCCCAUUCUUUUUUUUUAUUGUAUUCUAACUAAAUCUAUUGUUCAUACAAGGAUUUUAAUUAAUUUUUCUUCAAAAACAAGAAAUGAAUAUCUAAGGUAAAAGCGAAUAAAAUUCCAUGAAUUUCUAUGAUCAAUGACUACAGA